ACAUUAUCCCACAGGAUUCCCAUCAACUACCUACUGGUAAACCUGGCAGCAGCAGACAUCUGCUACGCCACAUUCAUAAUGCCGACGAUAAUCUUGAGCCACAAUGUCACCCAUCCAACGGGGAUUGUUGGAACAUUUCUGUGUGCAAGUAUUACUGGGGGAAGUUUCGCCUGGAUUGGAGGACUUGCCUCAAUGUUUACACUGCUUGUUAUUGCGUUUGAACGAUACUUUGCCGUAAUACAUCCCUAUGGAAACAGAGGAAAGCUAACUUUUCAGGAAUUGAAGGUUUGAUACUUUGAAAUACUAUUUUAUGCGUAACACCGCCCUCAAUUAAACGCCGCAGAUGGAAGCAAAACUACCAAUAAACGGCGCACACGAAUAAACGCCGCACCUCGUCAGAAGAAUGCGGCGUUUACUCGAGGAAGAGAAAAGUCGGUACAACUUGGCAAUUUACACCAUCCACACAUUUACGAUUCUAUCUCAGCAAAAUAAGAGAGACAUUGAAACCUUUCAAUUAAACAGUAUAUUUACAAACGAUUUACAAUAACUGCUUUCAUUGAUUUUAAAAAAGUGAUUUUGAAAUAAACACGGCCCUCGAAUAAACGCGGCAUCGGAAACGCUAAAAAUUUACUAAACGCCGCGGCGUUUAGUCGAAUAAAUACGGUAUUCGCAAAUUCUCCUCCGGCACAAACUUAGAUGAGUUUCCAUGGCGACAGCUCUCUUUUCCCAAUAAAAAUAGCAAUAAUCGAAAAAGAGCAAUGAACGAACGAUGGGAAGACAGAACAGGAGGAAAGCCUCGCUUCUCCUCUUUCCCUUCCCAUCCUCCGCCGCGCGCUUUCAUUUGCCCUCACCCCAGCCUUCCUAUGACAAAAAGAGGAGGAGGAAAAAGCAACGACAAAACCAGCUUCUCGGUUGAUCUGUGAUUCAUUUCUUUCUUAAUUCUUUGAUGUCUCUUUAGGUGAUUAUUCCUGGAAUCUGGAUCCUUGCAAUAAUGGAUAAAAUUCCAUUAUUCAUGAAGCGGAGCCGUUUUGUUGAGGAGGAUAGCUCCAUCCCUUGCAUUUUCUUGUUGUCCAGAGAAAGCAUAAGAAAAUACCGCACGGUUUAUCUCUCAAUCGAUUGUCUUGUCAUGAUCCUGCUGGUCUUGAUUUACUCCAGAAUUGUGUACACAUUGUGGUUCAAGCAAAGCGAUAAUGCCGUACUCACAAAUCAGCAACAGGUAAGACCCUUCGCUUGAUGUAAGAGAAUCUAAUACAGUCUUGGAUUCUGGAUUCCAGGUACUGAAUUCCGGAUUACUUGAGCUGUAAUGACUCCAAAGCCCAGGUAACCAAAUUCCAGAAGCAAAAAUUUGCUGGAUUUUAGAUCUGGAUUCCUUUACAUAGGGCCAAAACCCUUAUCACGACAAAUUAUUCGUUUGAAGGCUACUCAACAUAGUUUCAUAUGGGGAGGCUCCGUAAAGGUUCAACCCUUUACCCUUUGACAGAGAGGUACCCAUUUCGCAUUUCCUCCAUUGAAAAAUAUAACCCCUCUAAAAUUCUUACUGAGUAAGGACAAAUUACUAACACUGGCCUAUUUCAUUCGAUGGCGGUUUUGACUAGAUAGUUCUGGGACCAGCAAAUAAAAUGUAAAGUCAGACGCGCCUGUUGACGCCUGGUGUUAAAAUAAAGAGUUUAAGUUGACUGAAGGUCGGACGUCAAGCCGUUAUGUUCGACGUUACGAUUUAUGCAACUAAGCGCCCCCAGUUAUUAGCUCGAUUUUGGGAAAAUUGACGGAUAUCGGUUUCUACCCAUCCCUAAGUUAUUAAUAGCCCACGUUAUUGUGUUGGUGUUUGGGUUGGGUAAAUAGGCCUAGUAAGGGAAAUGGGGAAGCCGGUCGUUUCGAUACAAACUCAAGCAGUGAAAUUGCACAAAAAUUUUGUCCACUUCACUGCAUGCUUAUAUCAAAGAUCAGCUAUGUCAGUAGCCUGAAAAAGCUCCAGUCUUUCAGAACGUCUGAUUUAACCCCUAUGGGUCGCAGCUCUCGUCUCUUGUUUACGGAACAGUUUCCAUUGCUAACUUUGUUUAUUCAUUGUUUUCAUUGUCAAAAACUCGUGAGGUCUUCUGAGAGCUGUAAGGUCGCACAGCUAUAUUUUAAGCUUGAGCGACCUGUAGCUUAUCAAUCGUUUUGUACACAGGGUGUAUUGAGGUUGAGGAAGAGAGUGACCUUGAUGGUUGUAACCGUAAGCGCCAUUCUUGUAAUCUCUUGGGGAGCAGAUGUGAUACUCCAUAUGUUAGAAGAACAUGCUGCUGGCUCCGUGAAACUGAGUCCUUUGGCUAUUCCUAUCGCGCACACGAUGCUGAUGUUCAACUCUGCUAUAAAUCCCUUUGCAUACGCUCUGCUGAACCAAAGAUUCAGGAAAAAGAUGAGGCAGAUAAUACGAUCACGUUCUUUUGCAACAAGGGUUGGUGCUAUGUCCGUGCGACGGGGUGAACCACAGGACAACGACACUGGUCACACCACUGGCAGCAUUCCGAUGACACAGCAAGACCAACUGAGUGAAAGGGCGGGGACAAUUUCCCAGGAAAAUGUGUAUCGACAGUAACAGGCCAUUUCUGCAUUACCUUUGGCCUCGUUUUCAAAGCGAGUUCGGGUGCUAUCAUUUCAUACGGAAAAGAAGUUUUAUUCAGUCACAAAUUAAACUCAUUUCCAUGUGAAAGGUUUGUGCCCGCUUUGAUAAAAAGGCUAAGGGCAAUUCGAAAAUGGAUUUUUGACACCUCUGUUGUGGUCAUCCUGCCCUUAUAAAUGUAAAAAGAAAUUGUCUUCUUACGAGAACAUUCAACUCCCGUAGGAUUGCCUUGAAACACCAACAUAAUACUAGAUAGCUUAUAGCAACGAAGGGAGCGAUGUUAAGUGGAGCGUCAAAAAAGCAAUGGCUUUGGAAAGCAAAACGGUACAUAUCUUUGCCGUCAAUGCACAACUACGACGUAAAAUACCCCUAUACGACGUUUCAUGGAGGACGUAAACACGCGACGACGAAUUUUCUUUUUCUCCUGAUUUUAUACUUGGGUGCCGUCCCAGAGAAUUCACCUAGAUCUGAGAUUUAAUUUCCAGUACGCUGUCAUAAAUGCGAAAAAGUUGAUAAAACGCUGCCUUCGUGGCCGACAUGACGUCACGCCGGUAAGCGCUCUGUAUGAAAACCGUAUAAACUUCUAAAGAAACUGUGAUGCUACAUAGGUAAGGAGGGGGGAGGGGUGGGGAAGCAAACCACAAGGAACUGUUUUAUAACUUUUUAUCAAUUGCCUUACGACCUUAAUAAGAUUAGAGCGUCAGCCCUUGCGUGUUUGUAAGUAGCCCCAUCUAAGGACCACAGGGUAACUUUUUCUUGUCUUUUAUAAUUAUGCAUUACAGUACACGAGAAUUAGGUAUUAAAAAACAAACAACAAACCAAACAAACAAACAAACAAACGAUCGUCUUCAUUGAAUAACAUCAACUAAUGUGAAAUGAAAACAAAAACAAAAACAAAAAAAAGCUUUUAGAAACUGUCACCUGCAAGAUGGGAUUGUAUUACAGUGUAAAUUCGUUUUCUCUUUUGUAUACUCUUUCAAAUAAUAUAGGUAUAUAUGUUUAUAUAUCAUACGUAUUUGUACAUAGUAGACAAUUGAGAUCUGCAAAGCUCAUUGUCCUACGUGAAAAUAACCCCUUCAAGACAUCAGUACGACACCGAAAGAACCCAAAACAGAGCAGGGUCGUAGCUGUAGACAGCUAUACCGUAAAAUUCCGAAAAUAAACCCCUCCAUGUAUAAGCCCCUUUAAACACAAGCCCCCUAAACUAGUAACGCAAAAAAACCCUCCGUUGAAUCGCCCCUCCAAAUAUAAGCCCCCCAUGGGGCUUGUACUUGGAAUACUUCAAAUACAAAGUAAAACAAAGCAAAAACGAUAAAUUUACUUCCAACUAUAAGGCUAGCCCAAUCAACUUUGAAGCGCAAAUUUCUCUCCACAGAUAAGUCUUUCCGAAUAUAAGCCCCUCCAAAAAUAAGCCCCUCAAAAAGGGCUUUUAAAAAAUAUUAGCCUCAGGGCUUAUUUUCGGAAUUUUACGGUACUUUUGCUGAUCAGGUCUCCUUAGAUCCUACGUCCUACGGCAUAUUCGUUUGCAGUCCUUUGCAGUUCAUGUCUAUGUAGACCUAUGUAUUUAGGUAGAAACCUUUAUUUCAAUAGGGUAACUCCUUCAGGUUUUGUACAAGAUAAAAACUGCUAUCCAUAGAGGCUCUCUAUGAUAAACUAAAUUGAAUAGAAAUAAUAGUGAUAAUUAACUACAAAUAAAAAUAGCUAUAAAAUGUUAUUAUUAUAAAAAGACUUAAAAAUUAAAAUACUAGAAAAAAACAUAAAAAUCUAAAAAUCUGAAUCUGAUUAAAAGUUAGACAACCAUGAUAAAAAAAGGCUUUUUUCGUACAUUCUAACUUUAAAGACGGGAGUCUAAGUUUAUCACUGCUCCUUGUUGUUGAACAUAACAGAAUACUCGACAGUACUCGAAUACUUUUUCUCCUCAGGUUUUGGUUUUAUCGUUGUGUUGCGUACGAGAUUAAGCUUAGCCGGAUUUUCACGGCAGCCACUUUUUCCACUGCAAGAGUCUUUUUCACCUUGGACAACAUGAUAUGAUUAGAAAUUGUUUUCUGCACGAUGCUAAUUACUAAACUGCUCCUUUAAUUUAGGUUGAUUGCUUGAAGCCAAAACAACUAACGCUUCAUUCUUAGAGAUUUGCACCAUCUGUGUUUCCUCCACAAAAGUUUAAACAGCGUGAAAUUUGCGAACAACCAGUUCAACGCGAGACGUUCUUACAUUCCUUGGAUCUUACUGCGCACCUUUGAUUACGAAAAUUGUCCACAGAUAAAGAAAUUCCCUCGCUGUCUCCUGAUCAGCAUGAAGUCAUUUGGCCCUGUUUUUUUUCUUGAAGGUUUGUGUAUGUGCCGGUGAACAAAGGAACUCAAAAUCUAUCCCAGUACCUCUGAGAUAAUUUUGAAAAAAAAAAACGAAAAAGUACACCAGUCGUGAGUUCCCCUUUUGUCCUUCAUUUUCACAGUGUCCGUUGCGUCGUAGAUUCUAGUUAGAUGCAAGCGAGUAUACUUUCGGUCUUUUUUUCGUUACUUCAACAUAUGGAAUAUCACCUGCUUCUAAGCUUUUAACUUCCUAUAUUUGACCACCCAUUGUCAUUAAUAUAUUUUUCCAUUUCCAUAUAAUUUUGUCGGAAAGCUUCCACGGUAAGAUCGCACCGCCGGGUAACUUCAUAAAAAUUUACCAAACUAAGUCAUGAAGAAUCUACUAUCUCGUAAAAUCACAACUGAGGCAAAGGUUUGUGAGGGUUUAUGCAAUUAAGCGGCACAGACAACGUAACAACUUUGAACGGUUAAGGUGAAUUACAAAAGAUUUACAGCUACCUCGGCCUGACCGGCCAUAUAUAACCAUCGCCAUCUGCUCUUGCCUUGUAGCCGUAUCUCUACACUUAUACACGUAUGUAUACCGUAUGUUUACCGUAUAGCUCUUUAAAACGCCGGCACGAAAAUCAUUUCGGAUAGCGGCUUGUUCACUUAAAAGAACGGUGAUUUUGGUACAACGCGAUCUCUGUAACAAAUCAAAGCGAAGCUACGCCGCGCCGAUCUUGAAAGUAGGGGUAUAGAAUGGUACCUCGAAAAACUGACGAGGGUCUCAGAAAAUUUUGGCCCGAUCUCGAAAUCUCAGAAGCGUUUUGGAUGGAUCUCGAAGUCUCGGAGUCUCGAAUCUGUCGUUUUUUCUUUCCGUUUGGUCUUCAGGAGUCGAUCGGAAUUUUCAGAGUUUCGUGGCAACAGCUUAUGGAACUGAGCUAUUAGAUUAAGAUAGUUAAGCCAGAGAAAGCAGUAAAUUGGUGGGCUUCCGCUAACUUUCAUUGAAGUUUUCGGUCAUUUUAGUUAGCUUUACUGAUUUGCACCGUUGUAAAUUUUUGGCGCUUAGAGUCUCGGGGCUCGGAAUUUUUUAGAAGCAAAGUCUCGGGCUCGGAAUUGAUAAAAACGCGUAAGUCUCGGUCUCGAAUUUUGAAACUAGGGUCUCGCAGUCUCGGAUUACCAUUCUUUUCCCCUGAAAGUGGAUUGUCACAUAUUGGAUAGGUGUUUACACUGCAACGUUUGCUUUUUCAUGUCGACAUGAAUGUCUAUCCGGUUCAUGUAGUGUACACAUUGCAUAGCCUUAAAAUCCGACAACAUUAAUUAAUUGAAGUAGCUCUUUAUCGCUGCUAUUAAUCAGUAAAAAGAGGAUCUUCCUUGAAAAGCCGAAAGCGUAAAGGGGCUGCUAAAUACCAUGAUCCGAAAGGAAUUAUUUGAAUUAGAUACCAAUGCUGGGGGAAAAAUUCUUCUUCAAACUCAGGUAAACGUACUUUUUGAAGGAGAAGGGAAAUUAAAAGAUUAACACUAGUAAACCGUAAUUCACUUCCGUCGCUGUACAAAACUGUGAAUUAACAAAUCAAACAAUCGGAAAACAGAGGAUACAAAUCAUGGACCAUCUGACUUCAUAAGCAUGUCUGUAUUCCUUUAGGUUUUGGUUACCGACAUGAUGUGUUACAAUUAUAUAGAAACGGGCGAAAGAUAAGCAUUUGGUCCCGUACAAUUAUUGCUCAUUUUUACCUCCCGUUCGCUUUAUUCUGAAAAGAAACCCUGGUAUAGAUUUCUUGUGUGGUGAUUUGGGAAAUAAAUGGCCAAUGCAAUACCCAAAGGCUAACAAAGCGCUAACUGAAAUUAUUUUCACACAGAUUACUUGGGUGUAAACACGACUUACAGCCUUCAGCCAUGUCUGAGGAGUCGGCUGAUGUCGCAUUAACAACAAUAAAUUCCAUAUUAAUUAUCACCUGCAUCGUGGGAAACUGUUUCGUCUGUGCUGUAGUGAUGAAAAAUCGACAAAUGAGGUAAACUUAAAGUAGCAGUUGCUAACCUAAAUACCUGAUCGUAUUUAUAGCAAAGAUGCAUGAUGGAUUAGUAAAACGCAGAAAGUGAUUUUACGAAUAUCUCCAGGGGUUGUUGACUUUAUACACGGUUUGACUUCAAAGGUCAAAGAUCUUUGAGAUCAACCAAAACCAGUUGCAGCAGUUGAAUUACUUGAGAACGACUUUUUCUCAAAAAUCCCACUGGAGCUUCGCUUUUAGCGUUGGCUGAAACGAUAUAUUACCAGUAAUAGCUGACCAUAUUAUUCCACAGGACACCCAUCAACUAUCUACUUGUCAACCUGGCAGCAGCAGACAUCUGUUACGUCACAUUUACUACACCAACAAUUAUUUUAAGCCACGAUGUCGAUCAUCCAAAGGGGAUAGCUGGGACAGUUUUAUGCGCAGUUGUAACAGGGGGAGGAUUAGCAUGGACUGGAGCGGAGGCCUCAAUAUUUACACUGCUUGUUGUUGCCUUUGAACGAUACUUUGCCGUUGUACAUCCCUAUAGAAACCGCGGAAAGCUAACGUUUCGCAAAGUAAAGGUGUGUUUCUUUGAAAUAAGAUGUUAUGCAGGUAGAAAUUUGUCAACACAAAGUAGCCUUUCUUUUUUGUUGUAUCCGAUGGACAUAACUUACUAAGCGCAACGCUGUCUUUUGAAAGACGGCUAAAUAAACAGGCUUGCCUUCGUGGUAUGCACAAAAAGAGGAGGGGUAGGAGAUGAGGGAGAAAAGCGCGACAGGGAAAAGGGAAGGGAACCCUUACACUCUCUCCCCAUCUCCCCAACCCCCGCCCCCUUUUCCCUUCCUUCCAAUCCCUACCACUUUCGACCCCUGCUACGCAGGCUAUAAACAGCCCUUCUUCCUCGCUCGUCUAUAUAUGCUGGCACGUGGUUGGCACGUCUUGAGGCAAACUGAUUGAGAAACAGGUUAACACAUCGCGUGGGCGGAUCUGAUGGGGAGGGUUGCGGAUGGUGUCCUGGUCUCGCCUCUCCAUUCUCAGACGAACUUUGUAUCUGAGACAUUUUUUCGUCUCGACAAAAAUAACUGACUUUUAGAUGCGCGAUUCACGUUUUUAAAUAUUAUUCUAACUCUUUAUUUUAGGUGAUUAUUCCUGGAAUUUGGAUCCUCGCAGCAAUAAUCAAAAUCCCAGGAUUCAUGAAACGGAGCCGUUCUGCGAAGGAAAAUAGUUCUAACUACUGCAUUUCCUUAUUAACUGAGGAAGACGUAAAGGCCCGUUUUACUGUUUACACUUCAAUUGAUUCUGCUGUGUUGCUUUUGCUGGUCUUGUUAUACUCCAAGGUGGUGUACACCUUAUGGUUCAAGCACAGUGAUAAUGUACUUACACCUCAUCAACAGGUAUGUGGUAGGACAUAACUAGGUUUAGCCCCCGAAAGUGGAAUACUCAACAAUGCAUUAUACGGGGAGGCUCCCCCUCGAUAUCCGACUCCUUAUCCUUUUAUAUACUAUUUUUGACAGCAGAGGUACCCUUUUCGGGCGGAGCCAGUAUAGGCAAUAGACCUUUUAACCGAUGCGGCGGCCAUAAUGAAUUAAUUGGAUUUAAGAAGUACUAUGGGAUCCCCAGGGGGCAUCAGAACGAUCUGAUAUACUCGCAUCAGUAUGUACGCGGGCUUUUCGGGCCGAUUUUUCUUUUUAAGUUUUCCUAGAGAAAGAUUGUUAGGGGAAAAAAAAGAUCGUUGUGCCGUGUUUGGAUGUAAUAGUGAUAUUCUUGUGAUAACCUUUUUCUCGAGAAAUAUACGGUGAAGUUCUCUUUUUGCCCGAAAAGCGCGCGUAAAUACUGAGCGAGUGCCCCUGGGCAUCCCAUAAUACUCCUUAAACCUAAUAAAUUCAAUAUUGCCGCCGUAUCGGUAAAAAGGUCUAUUACAGGAAGUACCCCCUGGGGAUUUAGUUGGCCUUUAACCCGGGUUUACUCCCUCCCCUACGUAUUAAAGUUAUAAUGGUGUGUAUGGCAACAAAGGGUUAUGGUAUUUUGACCAUUAUGGUGUUCCGAGUUUCAAAUAGUGUCAAGUUUCCUGCUUUAUGAUCUUACAUUUUGGACUCUAAGGUUUAAAUGUUUUCAUCAUACAGAACAAAUUAUUAGGCUUCAAUUCCGGCUACCUUAAGUUGGACCCAAAAUUUAAGGUUUCACGGUCAUAACAAAGGUAGAUAAGAUGAAACACUAGGUAUUAUAGGUCACUUAUAUUGUACACUUGGGUAACCUGUGGUUUAUGGAUUUGCUUUGUACACAGGGUGUGUUGAGGUUAAGGAAGCGGGUCACCUUGAUGGUUGUUACCAUCAGUGCCAUUCUUGUAAUCUCUUGGGGAGCAGACGGAAUAUUGCACCUGAUACACGAAUAUGCUGACUCCGUAAAACUGAGUCCUUUAACAACUCCUAUCGCGCACACGAUAAUGAUAUUUAACUCUGCCGUCAAUCCCUUUGCUUACGCUUUGCUGAACCAAAGAUUCAGGGCGAAGAUAAAGCAAAUGGUAUGUCCGCGUUCUUUUAGAACAAGGGUUUAUUCUGUGUGCGCGCGACAGCGUGAACGACAAGACAACGAGGUGGCAAUCAGCACUGGUGACAUCCCUAUGACAAGUAUGAAAACGGUGAAAUAAAAUCCGUCAACCUUCACUCUUAAGUGUCGAUGCUUAAAUAGUAAAUAAACAUUAUGGUGCUUUUAGUCUUCCACUAUGAAAACAAGUUUCCUUUGGUUGAAACAUGCCGUUUGAACGGCUUUUACUAAGCUCCGACCCAAAUUAACGCUGCGUCAUUCAUUUAAUAAAGGUGUUAUCGUUUCCUUACUUUGUUUACUGGUUAUAGCUUUUUAAAACUUCUUCGUUAUCUUCUAAGUCGAAGGAAAAACGCGUGUCUACACUGCUGACUAUCAUCGGGUAAAUAUCUGUUAUAAAAGUCACGUAUGAACUCCUCGGGUUUGAAACCGAAUUUCUGAUACAUUAGCAUGGCUGGAUUAGUGACUGAUACAUGGAGUGUCACGUCUUUACCCAAGCAAGUUUGAAUUAAGUGAUAAAUCAUGUAGUUUCCAAUCCCCGCUCGGCGCCACUCUGGAUGGACUAAAACGAAUGAGAUGUAAGCCUCGUUGUAUUUCACAUCUGGGACCAUAAAGCCAAGACAAGAUCAAAACUGCUAUCCAUAGAGGCUCUAUAUGAUAAACUAAAUUGAAUAGAAAUAAUAGUGAUAAUUAACUACAAAUAAAAAUAGCUAUAAAAUGUUAUAUAAAAGACUUAAUCAUAAAAAUCUAAUAAUCUAAAUCUGAUUAAAAAUUACCCAACCAUUAUAAAAAAAGGCUUUUUCGUACGUUCUAACUUUAUAGACGGGAGUCUAAGUUUACCACUGCUCCUUGUUCUUGUACAUAACAGAAUUCUCGACAGAGGACCAGUCAAGAAUAGAACAAGCUACCUGUGGGUCCGUGUAUUUCAGUGAAAAGGGAGAAUCAAGGAAAAAUAAAGUUUUUUGUUGUUGUUCCUGUUCAUUAUAACGUUGUCGUUUCGAGCCAAUAAUUAUAAAUUUUUGCCGUCUAUGCCAUAAGAAUAAUCUAAACUGUUAAGGGACGGCAAGAGGGAGGUUACUCAGCAAAAAGCGAGCUAACAGGGCUAGAGGACCGUCUGUUCUGUCGCACUUUGUAAUAAAAUUGUCGCACUUUGUUAUACAUGUCGCACCUUGUAAUAACACUUGUCGAACUUUGUUAUAAAAAGGCUGUCGCACUUUGUAAUAAAAUAAGCUGUCGCCCUUUGUAAUAAACUUGAAAUGUAUGGUCGCAGGACAUGUAAACCCGAUAAUAAGUUUAAUCCUCGACAACAGCAACAACAGUGAUAAUAAUCAUAUAAUAUAUAAAUAAUUAUAAUAAUAACAUUCCACUAAACGGUUUUCAGAACCGAUUUCUGAAGUGAGGGCGGAGGAAAGUGUUCGCAUCAACUGCGGCCUUCCGGCUUCAAGAUCUUUGUAGGAAAGUAAAUCUCUUUCUUUGCGGAAAUAUCGAGCACAACACGGCGCCACAAUCAUUAUCAUAAUCAGACAAUCAUCAUCAUCAUCAUCAUCAUCAUCAUCAUCAUCAUUAUCAUAAAUCGCACUAUUGCAUAUCAAUUGCGCACGUCAUUGUGCUACAAUGAUUGCUAAUUUUGUGGAAAUUUCGAACGCGCUAGAACCGACAUGAAACAAAACAGAUUUAUAAAAAUCAGAAAGUGCGACUAAGUGUGGCCCAGCUAAGAUAAGAUAACAAAACGCAAAAAAAUGCAAACACGAAAAGCAAAUCUAAGUACAAUGAUAGAGCGGUUUUCACUUGACUGUCGUAAAACCAAAACCAAAGUAAAUACACUAGCCAACCAAAGGGCGUGGUAAAACCAAAACCAAAACCAAUCCCUUUCGACAGUCAAGUGAAAACCGCUCUACUAACAAAAGAUCUCAGUCUCGAACGUUUAUUCUCAAGUUCCACUCCCAUGUAAGUUGUAACAAGGCACUUUUUCGCCUUUUGAUACUUAUUGUUGGGUUUACAUGUCUUCCAACCAUACAUAUCAAGUUUAUUACAAAGUGCGACAGCUUAUUUUAUUACAAAGUGCGACAGCUGUUUUAUUACAAAGUGCGGCAACUGUUAUUACAAAGCGCGAUAGGUAUUACAAAGUGCGACAGAACUCUGUCUUGUCUAAGGUAAUUUUUUUUUCUUCUCAGGUUUUCGGUUUUAUCCUUGUGUUGGGUACGAGAUUGGCCGAAUUUAUACCAGAGACGAACUAUUUGUCUAGACGGAUUAUCCGUCGGACGGAUAAGUCGUCUAAGUAUAAAUCUGAAGACGGAUUUUGACGAAAAUUUGUUUAGAUAUUUUACGCGGGUUGCGAAAAUAUAGAAACCACUCCCUCUCAUGUAGAAACGUCGUCAAAAAAAACCGUCUACGUUCCGUCUAGAUAUAAAUUUAGAGACGGAUCAUCCGUCUAAGACGAAUUUUCCGUCUGUUAGCACGUCUUGAAGACGUGCUAACAGACGAAUCAGCCUCAGACGAAUUUUGCUCUAUACUUGGACGAAUUAUCCGUCUCAGACGGAUAAUUCGUCUCUAGGAUAAAUUCGGCCAAUUAAGCUUAGAUUAUCACGGCAGCCACGUUUUUUCCACUUCAGGAGCCUUUUUCACCUUGGACAACACGAUAUGAUUAGAAAUUAUAUUCUACAAGAUACUAUAAACUACAAAACUGCUUCUUUAAUUUAAUUUGAGGACUUGAAGUCAAAACAACGAACGCUUCAUUCUUAGAGGUUUGCACCAUCUGUGUUUCCUCCACAAAAGUUUGAACAGCGUGAAAUUUGCGAACAACCAGUUCAACGCGAGACGUUCUUACAUUCCCUGGAUCUUAUUGCGCACCCUUGAUUACGAAAAUUGCCCUGACAGAUAAAGAAAUUCCCUCGCUGUCUUCUGAUCAGCAUGAAGUCAUUUGGCCCUGUUUUUUUUUUCUUGAAGCCGGUUUGUGUAUGUGCCGGUGAACAAAGGAACUCAAAAUCUAUUCCCGUAUCUCUGAGAUAAUUUUGAAAAAAAAAAAGAAAAAGAAAAAGUACACCAGUCGCGAGUUCCCCUUUUGUCCUUCAUUUUUACAGUGUCCGUUGCGUCGUAGAUUCUAGUUAGAUGCAAGCGAGUAUACUUUAGGUCUUUUUUUCGUUACUUCAACAUAUGGAAUAUCACCUGUUUCUAAGCUUUUAACUUCCUAUUUUUGACCACCCAUUGUCGUUAAUAUAUUUUUCCAUUUCCAAAUAAUUUUGACGGAAAGCUUCCACGGUAAGAUCGCACCGCCGGGUAACUUCAUAAAAAUUUACCAAACUAAGCCAUGAAGAAACUACUAUCUCGUAAAAUCACAACUGAGGCAAAGAUUUGUGAGGGUUUAUACAAUUAAGUGGCACUGACAACGUAACAACUUUGAACGGUUAAGGUGAAUUACAAAAGAUUUACAGCUACCUCGGCCUGACCGGCCACAUAACCAUCGCCAUCUGCUCUUGCCUUGUAGCCGUAUCUCUACACUUAUACACGUAUGUAUAACCGUAUGUUUACCGUAUAGCUCUUUAAAACGCCGGCACGAAAAUCAUUUCGGAUAGCGGCUUGUUCACUUAAAAGAACGGUGAUUUUGGUACAACGCGACCUCUGUAACAAAUCAAAGCGAAGCUACGCCGCGCCGAUCUUGAAAGUAGGGGUAUGGAAUGGUACCUCGAAAAACUGGUCUCAGAAAAUUUUGGCCCGAUCUCGAAAUCUCAAAAGCGUUUUGGAUGGAUCUCGAAGUCUCGGAGUCUCGAAUCUGUCGUUUUUUCUUUCCGUUUGGUCUUCAGGAGUCGACCGGAAUUUUCAGAGUUUCGUGGCAACAGCUUAUCGAACUGAGCUAUUAGAUUAAGAUAGUUAAGCAAGAGAAAGCAGUAAAUUGGUGGGCUUCCGCUAACUUUCAUUGACGUUUUCGGUCAUUUUAGUUAGCUUUACUGAUUUGCACCAUUGUCAAUUUUUGGCGCUUAGAGUCUCGGGGCUCGGAAUUUUUCAGAAGUAAAGUCUCGAGCUCGGAAUUGAUAAAAACGCUCAAGUCUCGGUCUCGCAUUUUGACACCAGGGUCUCGCAGUCUCGAAUUUACCAUUCUUUUCCCUUGAAAGUAGAUUGUCACAUAUUGAAUAGGUGUUUAUACUGCAACGUUAGCUUUUUCAUGUCGACAUGAAUGUCUAUCCGGUUCAUGUAGUGUACACAUUGCAUAGCCUUAAAAUCCGACAACAUUAAUUAAUUGAAGUAGCUGUUUAUCGCUGCUAUUAAUCAGUAAAAAGGGGAUCUUCCUUGAAAAGCUGAAAGCGUAAAGAGGCUGCUAAGUACCAUGAUCCAGAAGGAAUUAUUUGAAUUAGAUACCAAUGCUGGGGGAAAAAUUCAUCUUCAAAGUUAAAAGUUAAAAGUUAAAGUGUUAAAAGUUUAACACUAUGGUAAACCGUAAUUCAUUUCCGUCGCUGUACAAAACUGUGAAUUAACAAACCAAACAAUCGGAAAACAGAGGAUACAAAUUAUGGACCAUCUGACUUUAUAAGCAUGUCUGUAUUCCUUUAGGUUUUGGUUACCGACAUGGUGUGUUACAAUUAUAUAGAAAUGGGCGAAAGAUAAGCAUUUGUCGCGUACAAUUAUUGCUCACUUUUACCUCCCGUUCGCUUUAUUCUGAAAAGAAACCCCGGUAUAGAAUUUCUUGUGUGGUGAUUUGGGAAAUAAAUGGCCAAUGCAAUACCCAAAAGCUAACAAAGCGCUAAUUGAAAUUAUUUUCACACAGAUUACUUGGGUGUAAACACGACUUACAGUCCUCAGCCAUGUCUGAGGAGUCGGCUGAUGUCGCAUUAACAACAAUAAAUUCCAUAUUAAUUAUCACCUGCAUCGUGGGAAACUGUUUCGUCUGUGCUGUAGUGAUGAAAAAUCGACAAAUGAGGUAAAUUUGAAGUAGCAGUUGUUAACCUAAAUACCUGAUCGUAUUUAUAGCAAAGGUGCAUGAUGGAUUAGUAAACUGACGCAAAAAGUGAUUUUAAGAAUAUCUCCAGGGGUUGUUGAUUUUAUACACGGUUUGACUUCAACAAGGUUUAUUUUUGAGAUCAAUCAAAACCAAUUGAAUUACUUGAGAACGAGUUUUUCUUAAAAUCCCACUGAAGCUUCGCUUUUAGCCUUGGCUAAAACGAUAUAUUACCAACAAUAGCUGACCAUAUUAUUCCACAGGACACCCAUCAACUAUCUACUUGUGAACCUGGCAGCAGCAGACAUCUGUUACGUCACAUUUACUACACCAACAAUUAUUUUAAGCUACAAUGUCGACCAUCCAAAGGGGAUCCCUGGCACAAUUUUGUGCGCAGUUGUAACAGGGGGAGGAUUCAGGUGGACUGGAGCGGAGGCCUCAUUAUUUACACUGCUUGUUGUUGCGUUUGAACGAUACUUUGCCGUUGUACAUCCCUAUGGAAACCGCGGAAAGCUAACAUUUCGCAAAGUAAAGGUGUGUUUCUUUGAAAUAAGAUGUUAUGCAGGUAGAAAUUUGUCAACACAAAGUAGCCUUGCUUUUUUGUUGUAUCCGAUGGACAUAACGUACUAAGCGUAACGCUGUCUUUUGAAAGACGGCUAAAUAAACAGGCUUGCCUUCGUGGUAUGCACAAAAAGAGGAGGGGUAGGAGAUGAGCGAGAAAAGCGUGAUAGGGAAAAGGAAAGGGAACCCUUACACUCUCUCCCCAUCUCCCCAACCCCCGUACCCCUUUUCCCUUCCUCCCAUCUCUACCACUUUCGACCCCUGCUACGCAGGCUAUAAACAGUCCUUCCGUCCUCGCUCGUCUAUAUAUGCUGGCACGUGGCUGGCACGUGUUGAGGCAAACUGAUUGAGAAACAGGUCGACACAUCGCGUGGGCGGAUCUGAGGGGAGGGUUGCGGAUGGUGUCCUGGUCUCGCCUCUCCAUUCUCAGACGAACUUUGUAUCUGAGACAUUUUUUCGUCUCGACAAAAAUAACUGACUUUUAGAUGCGCGAUUCACGUUUUUAAAUAUUAUUCUAACUCUUUAUUUUAGGUGAUUAUUCCUGGAAUUUGGAUCCUCGCAGCAAUAAUCAAAAUCCUAGGAUUCAUGAAACGGAGCCGUUCUGCGAAAGAAAAUAGUUCUAACUACUGCAUUUCCUUAUUAACUGAGGAAGACGUAAAGGCCCGUUUUAUUGUUUACACUUCAAUUGAUUCUGCUGUGUUGAUUUUGCUGGUCUUGUUAUACUCCAAGGUGGUGUACACCUUAUGGUUCAAGCACAGUGAUAAUGUACUUACACCUCAUCAACAGGUAUGUGGUAGGACUUAGCUAGGUUUAGCCCCCGAAAGUGGAAUACUCAACAAUGCAUUAUACGGGGAGGCUCCCCCUCGAUAUCCGACUCCUUAUCCUUUUAUAUACUAUUUUUGACAGCAGAGGUACCCUUUUCGGGCGGAGCCAGUAUAGGCAAUAGACCUUUUAACCGAUACGGCGGCCAUAAUGAAUUAAUUGGAUUUAAGAAGUACUAUGGGAUCCCCAGGGGGCAUCAGAACGAUCUGAUAUACUCGCAUCAGUAUGUACGCGGGCUUUUCGGGCCGAUUUUUCUUUUUAAGUUUUCCUAGAGAAAGAUUGUUGGGGGAAAAAAAAGAUCGUUGUGCCGUGUUUGGAUGUAAUAGUGAUAUUCUUGUGAUAACCUUUUUCUCGAGAAAUAUACGGUGAAGUUCUCUUUUUGCCCGAAAAGCGCGCGUAAAUACUGAGCGAGUGCCCCUGGGCAUCCCAUAAUACUCCUUAAACCUAAUAAAUUCAAUAUUGCCGCCGUAUCGGUAAAAAGGUCUAUUACAGGAAGUACCCCCUGCGGAUUUAGCUGGCCUUUAACCCGGGUUUACUCCCUCCCCUACGUAUUAAAGUUAUAAUGGUGUGUAUGGCAACAAAGGGUUAUGGUAUUUUGACCAUUAUGGUGUUCAGAGUUUCAAAUAGUGUCAAGUUUCCUGCUUCAUGAUCUUACAUUUUGGACUCUAAGGUUUAAAUGUUUUCAUCAUACAGAACAAAUUAUUAGGCUUCAAUUCCGGCUACCUUAAGUUGGACCCAAAAUUUAAGGUUUCACGGUCAUAACAAAGGUAGACAAGAUGAAUCACUCGGUAUUAUAGGUCACUUAUAUUGUACACUUGGGUAACCUGUGGUUUAUGGAUUUGUUUUGUACACAGGGUGUGUUGAGGUUAAGGAAGCGGGUCACCUUGAUGGUUGUUUCCAUCAGUGCCAUUCUUGUAAUCUCUUGGGGAGCAGACGGAAUAUUGCACCUGAUACACGAAUAUGCUGACUCCGUAAAACUGAGUCCUUUAACAACUCCUAUCGCGCACACGAUAAUGAUAUUUAACUCUGCCGUCAAUCCCUUUGCUUACGCUUUGGUGAACCAAAGAUUCAGGAAGGAGAUGAAACAAAUGGUAUGUCCGCGUUCUUUUCGAACAAGGGUUUAUUCUGUGAGCGCGCGACAGCGUGAACGACAAGACAACGAGGUGGCAAUCAGCACUGGUGACAUCCCUAUGACAAGUAUGAAAACGGUGAAAUAAAAUCCGUCAACCUUCACUCUUAAGUGUCGAUGCUUAGAUAGUAAAUAAACAUUAUGGUGCUUUUAGUCUUCCACUAUGAAAACAAGUUUCCUUUGGUUGAAACAUGCCGUUUGAACGGCUUUUACUAAGCUCCGCCCCAAAUUAACGCUGUAUUGUUCAUUUUAUAAAGGUGUUAUCGUUUCCUUACUUUGUUUACUGGUUGUAGCUUUUUAAAACUUCUUCCUUAUCUCCUAAGUCGAAGAAAAAACGCAUGCCUACACUGUGGACUAUCGUUGGAUAAAAAUCGGUUAUAAAAGUCACGUAUGAACUCCUCGGGUUUGAAACCAAAUUUCUGAUACAUUAGCAUGGCUGGAUUCGUGACUGAUACAUGGAGGGUCACGUCUUUACCCAAGCAAGUUUGAAUUAAGUGAUAAAUCAUGUAGUUUCCAAUCCCCGCUCGGCGCCACUCUGGAUGGACUAAAACGAAUGAGAUGUAAGCCUCGUUGUAUUUCACAUCUGGGACCAUAAAGCCAAGACAAGAUAAAAACUGCUAUCCAUAGAGGCUCUAUAUGAUAAACUAAAUUGAAUAGAAAUAAUAGUGAUAAUUAACUACAAAUAAAAAUAGCUAUAAAAUGUUAUAUAAAAGACUUAAUCAUAAAAAUCUAAAAAUCUGAAUCUGAUUAAACAUUACACAACCAUUAUGAAAAAAGGCUUUUUCGUAAUUCUAACUUUAUAGACGGGAGUCUAAGUUUACCACUGCUCCUUGUUCUUGUACAUAACAGAAUACUCGACAGAUAACCAGUCAAGAAUAGAACAAGCUACCUGCGAGUCGGUGUAUUUCAGUGAAAAAGGAGAAUCAAGGAAAAAUAAAGAUUUUUGUUGUUGUUCCUGUUCAUUAUAACGUUGUCGUUUCGAGCCAAUAAUUAUAAAUUUUUGCCGUCUAUGCCAUAAGAAUAAUCUAAACUGUUAAGGGACGGGCAAGAGGGAGGCUACUCAGCAAAAAGCGAGCUCACAGGUCGCACUUUGAAAUACAAUUGUCGCAAUUUGUUUUACAUGUCGCACUUUGUAAUAACACUUGUCGAACUUUGUUAUAAAAAGGCUGUCGCACUUUAUAAUAAAAUAAGCAGUCGCACUUUGUGAUAAACUUGAAAUGUAUGUUCGGAGGACAUGUAAACCCGAUAAUAAAUAUCAUCAUCGACAACAGCAACAACAGUGAUAAUAAUCAUAUAAUAUAUAAAUAAUUAUAAUAAUAACAUUCCACUGAACGGUUUUCAGUACCGAUUUCUGAAGUGAGGGCGGAGAAAAGUGUUUGCAUCAACUGCGGCCUUCCGGCUUCAAGAUCUUUGUAGGAAAGUAAAUCUCUUUCUUUGCGGAAAACCUCGAGACCAUAAGAUAGAGUCCAUAACAGCAAGAGUCCGUAGUGAAGGGAUUUUGUAAUGGAAUUUAGCUGCUAUCUGUAUUAUCGGGUUUUCCAUAAAAGUAAUGUGUUCUUGACUGUAUAAGCAAAAUAUUUUGAAAGUUUUACUGGUAGCACGCGCAACAAAGAAAUCCGGUUUCAUUGCUCGCGAGGAUAUGAUCUGUGAUAUAACGAGAUUUUAGUGUUUAAUGUCAUGAAUAAGCGCUAUACUAAUAGAACCAAAAGACACAAAUAUCGAGCACAACACGGUGCCACAAUCAUUAUCAUAAUCAGACAAUCAUCAUCAUGUGGCCCAGCUAAGAUAAGAUAACAAAACGCAAAAAAAUGCAAACACGAAAAGCAAAUCUAAGUACAAUGAUACUAACAAAAGAUCUCAGUCUCGAACGUUUAUUCUCAAGUUCCACUCCUAUGUAAGUUGUAACAAGGCACUUUUUCGCCUUUUGAUACUUAUUGUUGGGUUUACAUGUCUUCCAACCAUACAUGUCAAGUUUAUUACAAAGUGCGACAGCUUAUUUUAUUACAAAAUGCGACAGCUUUUUUAUUACAAAGUGCGACAACUGUUAUUACAAAGCGCGAUAGGUACUACAAAGUGCGACAGAACACCUUCUUGUCUAAGGUAAUUUUGUUUUUCGGUUUUAUCCUUGUGUUGCGUACGAGACUGACCCAAUUUAUACUAGAGACGAACUAUUUGUCUAGACGGAUUAUCCGUCGGACGGAUAAUUCGUCUAAGUAUAAAUCUCAAGACGAAUUUUGAAGAUAAUUUGUCUAGAUAUUUUACGCGGGUUGCGAAAAUAUAGAAACCACUCCCUCUCAUGUAGAAACUUCGUCAAAAAAACCGUCUACGUUCCGUCUAGAUAUAAAUUUAGAGACGGAUCAUCCGCCUAAGACGAAUUUUCCGUCUGUACUUGGACGAAUUAUCCGUCUCAGACGGAUAAUUCGUCGAUGACGGAUAAUUCGUCUCUAGGAUAAAUUCGGCCAAUUAAGCUUAGUAGAUUAUUACUGCAGCCACGUUUUUUCCACUUCAGGAGCCUUUUUCACCUUGGACAACACGAUAUGAUUAGAAAUCAUCAGUUUCUACAAGAUACUAUAAAUUACAAAACUGCUUCUUUAAUUUAAUUUGCGGACUUGAAGUCAAAACAACGAACGUUUCAUGCACCUAUCAAUGUAAAGCCGGCGGGGGGGGCAGGGCAUGGGGUGGGGAUUUGAUUGUCUUUGUUGGCCCUGGGGUAGGGCAUUUGACUGAUCCUGUUCUCCCAGGGGAGGGGAUAUUUGAAUCUUUCUUCGCCCGACGUCGAGAUAUUUGACCGCCGACUCGGACAAAAAAGACUGAGACCGAACAUAUGUUUCCCGCUUUCACGCUUCACGCAUGCGCCGUACGGUUAGAAAAGAUCAGGAAAUCAUGGAGGCCAAUGAGAACAAGCGAAGGCUGAGUCGAUUUCACUGUUUUGUCUUCAAAUUUCGUUUGUUUUAGCGUGUUAGUGAUCAAUUGAACCUCUUAAAAUACUGUGGUAUCAAAGUAAACGGAAGUAAAGAGACACCAAGUCGAUUUUUCCAAGUACAAUUGAUUAGUGUAUGGCUCAUUCGCUACAAUCAGUGUAAACUGAUAAAACUGACUUUCUUUGUACCCUUUACUAAGAGCGGUAUAUUUAAACUUACAAAAUGUGGACUUUCUCCUAAAGGUUUAUGUAUUCUACGCAGUGUAACACGGAUUAUGGUUAAAACGUAUAAUUGCAGCUGUAACAGGAACAUGUAUCUUUGGUGAUGCAGCAACGUUUAUAAAAGAUUGCAGAGUUUUAUUUAGAGAUAUUGUUAUUGUGCCUUUCUUAGGUUCUGCCUUUGGAUUGACAGUAAUGUGCAGCCCGGGGUGGGGAAAUUUGGUUGCAUUUGACUGGAAUGAUUUUCCCGUGGGCAGGGAAUUUGAUUGAAAAUUUUUGAAAAAAGUCAAAUCCCCACCCUAUGCCCUGCCCCCCCCCCUCCCCCCGCCGGCAUUACAUUGAUAGGUGCAUCAUUCUUAGAGAUUUGCACCAUCUGUGUUUCCUCCACAAAAGUUUGAACAGCGUGAAAUUUGCGAACAACCAGUUCAACGGGAGACGUUCUUACAUUCCUUGGAUCUUAUUGCGCACCCUUGAUUACGAAUAUUGCCUACAGAUAAAGAAAUACCCUAGCUGUCUUCUGAUCAGCAUGAAGUCAUAUGGCCCUAUUUUUAUUUCUUGAAGGUUUGUGUAUGAGCUAGUGAACAAAGGAACUCAAAAUCUAUUCCCGUAUCUCUGAGAUAAUGUUGAAAAAAAAAAAAAGAAAAAGAAAAAGUACACCAGUCGUGAGUUCCUCUUUUGUCCUUCGUUUUUACAGUGUCUGUUGUGUCGUAGUUUCUAGUUAGAUGCUGAGCGAGUAUACUUUAGGUCUUUUUUUCGUUACUUCAACAUAUGGAACAGCACCUGCCUCUAAGCUUUCAACUUCCUAUUUUUGACCACCCAUUGUCGUUAAUAUAUUUUUCCAUUUCCAAAUAAUAAAUAAAAUAAUAAUAUAAAAUAAAAAUUUACCAAACUUAGCCAUGAAGAAACUACUCUGUCGUAAAAUCACAACUGAGGCAAAGGUUUGUGAGGGUUUAUAAAAUUAAGUGGCACUGACAACGUAACUUUGAACGAUUAAGGUGAAUUACAAAAGAUUCACAGCCACGCCGGCCUGACCGGCCAUGGCUUCGCUAUCUGCUCUUGCCUUGUAGGCGUAUGUCUAUACACUUUACCGUAUAGCUCUUUAAUACGCCGGGACGAAAAUCAUUUCGGAUAGCGGCUUGCUCACUUAAAAGAACGGAAAUUUUGGUACAACGCGACUUCUGUAACAAAUUAAAGCGAAGAUACGCCGCGCCGAUCUUAAAAGUAGGGGUAUAGACUGGUACCUCGAAAAACUGACGUGGGUCUCAGAACAUUUUCGCCCGAUCUCGAAAUCUAAGAAGCGUUUUGGAUGGGUCUCGAAGUCUCGGAGUCUCGAAUCUGUCGUUUUUUCUUUCCGUUUGGUCUUCAGGAGUCGACCGGAAUUUUUUAGAGUUCGUGGCAACAGCUUAUCGAACUGAGCUAUUAGAUUAAGAUAGUUAAGCAAGAGAAAGCAGUAAAUUGGUGGGCUUCCGCUAGCUUUCAUUGAAGUUUUCGGUCAUUUUAGUUAGCUUUACUGAUUUGCACCAUUGUUAAUUUUUGGCGCUUAGAGUCUCGGGGCUCGGAAUUUUUCAGAAGUAAAGUCUCGGGCUCGGAAUUGAUAAAAACGCUGAAGUCUCGGUCUCGCAUUUUGACACCAGGGUCUCGCAGUCUCGAAUUUACCAUUCUUUUACCUUGAAAGUAGAUUGUCACAUAUUGAAUAGGUGUUUAUACUGCAACGUUAGCUUUUUCAUGUCGACAUGAAUGUCUAUCCGGUUCAUGUAGUGUACACAUUGCAUAGCCUUAAAAUCCGACAACAUUAAUUAAUUGAAGUAGCUGUUUAUCGCUGCUAUUAAUCAGUAAAAAGGGGAUCUUCCUUGAAAAGCUGAAAGCGUAAAGGGGCUGCUAAAUACCAUGAUCCAGAAGGAAUUAUUUGAAUUAGAUGCCAAUGCUGGGGGAAAAAUUCAUCUUCAAAGUUAAAAGUUAAAAGUUAAAGUGUUAAAAGUUUAACACUAUGGUAAACCGUAAUUCAUUUCCGUCGCUGUACAAAACUGUGAAUUAACAAAUCAAACAAUCGGAAAACACAGGAAACAAAUUAUGGACCAUCUGACUUCAUAAGCAUGUCUGUAUUCCUUUAGGUUUUGGUUACCGACAUGAUGUGUUACAAUAUAUAGAAAUGGGCGAAAGAUAAGCAGUUGGUCGCGUACAAUUAUUGCACAUUUUUACCUCCCGUUUGCUUUACGUUUGGUAAUUGUAUACAGAGGAAAAACCCUGUUUGAGCUGAAAAGAAACCCCGGAAUAGAUUCCUUGUGUGGUGAUAUGUGAAGUAAAUGGCUAACGUAAUACCCAAUAGCUAACAAAGCGCUAAUUAAUAUUGGCUUCACACAGAUUACUUGGGUGUAAACACGACUUACAGCCUUGAGCCAUGUCUGAGGAGUCGGCCGAUGUCGCAUUAACAACAAUAAAUUCCAUGUUAAUUAUCACCUGCAUCGUGGGAAACUUUUUCGUCUGUGCUGUAGUGAUGAAAAAUCGACAAAUGAGGUAAACUUAAAGUAGCAGUUGCUAACCUAAAUACCUGAUCGUAUUUAUAGCAAAGGUGCAUGAUGGAUUAGUAAAACGCAGAAAGUGAUUUUACGAAUAUCUCCACGGGUUGUUGAUUUUAUACACAGUUUGACUUCAACAAGGUUUAUUUUUGAGAUCAACCAAAACCAAUUGAAUUACUUGAGAACGAGUUUUUCUUAAAAUCCCACUGGAGCGUCGCUUUCAGCCUUGGCUAAAACGAUAUAUUACCAGUCAUAGCUGACCAUAUUAUUCCACAGGACACCCAUCAACUAUCUCCUUGUCAACCUGGCAGCAGCGGACAUUUGUUACGUAACAUUUAUUACACCAAGGAUUAUUUUAAGCUACAAUGUCCACCAUCCAAAGGGGAUCACUGGGACAGUUUUAUGCGCAGUUGUAACAGGGGGAGGAUUAGCGUGGACUGGAGGGGAGGCCUCAAUAUUUACACUGCUUGUUGUUGCCUUUGAACGAUACUUUGCCGUGGUACAUCCCUAUGGAAACCGCGGAAAGCUAACGUUUCGCAAAGUAAAGGUGUGUUUCUUUGAAAUAAGAUGUUAUGCAGGUAGAAAUUUGUCAACACAAAGUAGCCUUGUUUCUUUUGUUCUAUUCGAUGGACAUAAGUUACUAUGCGUAACGCUGUCUUUUAACAGCCAGCCCAGUAAAUAGGCUAGCCUUCGUGGUUUGCGCAAAAAGGGGAGGGUUUGGAGAUAAGGGCGACAGGAAAAAGGGAAGGGAUCUCUUACUGUCUCUCCCCAACCCUUCUCUCCCUUCUGCCUUCCUCCCAAUCCUCUACCACUUUCGACGCCUGCUACGCAGGCUAUAAACAGGCCUUCCUCCUCGCUCGUCCAUAUGCUGGCACGUGUUGAGGCCAACUGAUUAAGAAACAGGUAGACACAUCGCGGGCGGAUCUGAUGGGGAGGGUUGCGGAUCGUGUCGUGGUCUCGCCUCUCCAUUCUUACCUUCAAAUGCGCUUUGCCUAUCUCAGAGACGAACUUUGUAUCUGAGACAUUUUUUCGUCUCGACAAAAUAACUAACUUUUAGCUGUAUGAUUCCCCUUUUUGAAUAACAUUUUGUCUCUAUAUUUUAGGUGAUUAUUCCGGGAAUUUGGAUCAUCGCAGCAAUAAACAAAAUCCCAGAAUUCAUGGAACGGAGCCGUUUUGGGAAGGAAAAUAGUUCUAACUACUGCAUUUCCAUAUUAACUGAGGAAGGCGUAAAGACCCUCUUUACUGUUUACACUUCAAUUGAUUCUGCUGUGUUGAUUUUGCUGGUCUUGUUAUACUCCAAGGUGGUGUACACCUUAUGGUUCAAGCACACUGAUAAUGUACCUACACAUCAACAACAGGUAGGCCAUAACUUGGUUUAGCCCCGGAAAGUGAGAUACUCAACAAAGUAUUACACGGGAAGGUUCCGCCUGAAUGUCCCCCCUCCCCCGUUAUCCUUUUAUAUACCAUUUUUGACAGGAGAGUUACCCUUUUCGGGCAGAGCCUCCCAUAUACGCAAUUCCUUUAACCCGGGUUUACUUCCUCCCUUACAUAAGAAAGUUGAAAAAGUGUGUAAGACAACAAAGGAUUAUGGUAUUUUGACCAUUAUGGUGUUUUGGGUUUCAAAUAGUGUCAGGUUUCCCGUUCCUGAUCUUACAGUUUGGACUCUAAGGUUUAAAUUUUUUUCAUCGUACAAAACAAAUUAUUAGGCUUCAAUCGCGGCUACCUCAAAUUGGACCCAAAAUUUAAGGUUCCAAGGUCAUCGGAGACAAGACGAAACACUGGGUAUUAUAGAUCACUCAUAUUGUACACUUGGGUAACCUGUGGUUUAUGGAUUUGUUUUGUACACAGGGUGUGUUGAGGUUAAGGAAGCGGGUCACCUUGAUGGUUGUCACUGUCAGUACCAUUCUUGUAAUCUCUUGGGGAGCAGACGGAAUAUUGCACCUGAUACACGAAUAUGCUGGCUCAGUGAAACUGAGUCCUUUUACAUUUCCCAUCGCGCACACGAUAAAAAUAUUUAACUCUGCCGUCAAUCCCUUUGCUUACGCUUUGCUGAACCAAAGAUUCAGGAAGAAGAUGAAGCAAAUGGUAUGCCCGCGUUCUUUUGCAACAAGGGUUCAUUCUGUGUGCGCGCGACAGCGUGAACAACAAGACAACGAGCUGGCAAACAGCACUGGUGACAUCCCUAUGACACAGAAAACCAACUGA